AUGUCUCUUAACACUAAACAAACUCCUCUUCUUAAUCACUUAUUAGCCGGUGGUGCUGCUGGUCUUAUGGAAGCAUGUAUUUGUCAUCCUCUAGACACAAUCAAAGUCAGAAUGCAACUUUCAAAAUCAGGCAUAAAAACUGUUAAUGGUCAACGUCUUGGAUUUUUGGGGGUAGGAACAAAAAUAAUUAGAAAUGAAUCACUUUGGGCCCUAUAUAAAGGAUUAGGUGCAGUUGUCUCGGGGAUUGUACCCAAAAUGGCGAUACGGUUUACAUCUUUUGAGCUUUAUAAAUCAUGGAUGGCUAACUCUAAUGGUAUUGUAAGCACUACUUCAAUAUUUUUAGCGGGUCUUGCUGCUGGUGCAACAGAGGCUGUUUUAGUUGUUAGCCCAAUGGACUUGAUUAAGAUUCGUUUACAGGCGCAACGUCAUUCAAUGACAGAUUCUCUGGAUAUUACAAAGUAUCGUAACGCACCUCAUGCAGCUUAUACUAUUAUAAAGGAAGAAGGUAUCCGAGCAUUAUAUAAGGGCGUUGUUCUAACUGUAUUAAGACAAGCUACAAAUCAAGCUGCUAAUUUCACUGCAUAUCAGGAAAUGAAAAAAAUAGCGCAACGUUUUCAGAACUUAUCCGAAUUACCUUCAUAUCAACAUUUAAUAUUAGGCGGUAUAUCAGGUGCUAUGGGACCACUCUCUAAUGCUCCAAUUGAUACUAUUAAGACUCGUAUUCAAAAAUCUUCAGCUCCUGGAACAGGUUUUAAGCGGGUUAAAACAGUUACUAUGGAAAUAAUGAAAAUGGAAGGAUUUUUCGCUUUUUAUAAAGGGUUAACACCCCGUCUAUUGAGAGUGGCACCUGGCCAAGCAAUUACAUUCAUGGUGUAUGAAAAAAUGAAAAUACUUAUUGAUCGAUUUACAGAAAAUGCUCAAGUUAUAAGACAAUAUCAAUAA